GAAUUUCAGCAAUGGCGAGGGUUAUUUCUACUUCCCCGAGCUGUUCUCCGCGAGCGGCACCUCAGGGCUGUUCCGCUGCUCCCACGGGGCGGGGCUGGCGUGCAAGGAGCAGAGCUGCUUCCAGGAGCCCGGCACAGGGGAGGUGGCCAUGCACGGGCCCAUGUGCGGCGCGUGCAUGCCCGGCUUUGCGAAGCCCAUCGGCCAGCCCUUGAAGCUCUGCGAGCGCUGCCCCUCCAUGCUCUGGUGCAUCCUCGGGGUCUGCGUCCAGCUUUUGGUGAUCUUGGGCAUGUCCUCCUUCCUCAUGGUUGUGAAUGCCUUGUCUGACUACAGCAAGCCAAAGAACAUCUUCUCCAUCAUCCUGAAGCAGUUUCUCAACUACCUGCAGAUGGCUGGGGCCGUGCUGUCCACAGGUGGGGCGCAUGGCCUGUAUGGGGGCCUCAGCAUAGUCAGCGGCUUCGAGGUCGUGCAGGACUACCUGGGCUUCGGCUCCGCCGGCUGGAUGCCCGUGGCGGGCAGCUGCCUCAUCGAGCAGCUGCUCCCGGGCUUCGGGGUCCACACGGUGGUGACUUUGGUGGGCCUCGCCUGGUUCCCCGCCACGGCGAUCACCUCCACCCUGGGCUUUGUGCUGGUGCGCCUGGUGAGGCGGCUGAUGGGCUGGGGCGGCUUGGACCUCCGGCACUUGCAGACCUGGCUCAUGGUGAACUUCUUUCUGUACCUGCCGCGGGUGAACCGUCUGCUGAUCGUGAACUUCGGGUGCCAAACCUUCGACACCUCCAGGUUGACCAUGGAUCCCCGAGUGAGUUGCUGGUCACAGGAACAUGUGGUGUGGCAGAUGCUGAGCUGGGGCGGUUUGUUUGUCUUCUCUGUUGGCGGGCCGCUGCUGCUGUAUAUGGUGCUCAGGCGCUUGUACAAGUCGGAGGUUCUGGGCAGCUACCGAGUGCUCAAGACCUACGGCUUCCUUUUCGCGGGAUUUGAACCCUCCUUCUACUACUUCGAGUGCAUCUACAUGUUCCGGAAGCUCUGCUUUGAGCUGGUCAUGACAUUGCCGGGCAUGACCUCAGAGGACCAGGCCAUCUUGGGUCGCAUCAACAACAGCUCCGUGGCCUUCGUGGCCUCGGUCUUCUUCGGGCUGCACAUGGCCUGCCAGCCCUACGACAACCGGGACUACUUCAUCCUGGACCGCAUCGAAACCGCGUCCUUACGCGCCAUUUUGAUCACAGCCUUCCUGCAGCUCUGGUGUUUGGAUACGAACGACGCGGACGGGAUUCUGCACGUCCCUGUUCUCCGGGAAGUUCGGAACUUGUUUUGCACGGCGGCCAUCGUGCUACUUCACCUCUACUUCUUGUGGCUGGUGUUUUAUGCGCUGGCGCGGCGGCGGCUGCAAGGGUGGGUGGCCACCUGCACAGGUCGAGACUUCUCCCAGGGCUCGGUGGUCUUUGUGCCUGACGGCCUGCUUUUGAAGAACCUCAAUGCUCGGGAGGAGAACCUGCUGGAGACCAUGUUCGCCCAGAUGGUGGAGGUGCAUGCCGGCUCGAAGCGCAAGAUCGCUUUCGACAGCUGGGCAGGGGGCCUGCAGAUGCUGUGCCUGGAGUCUCAGCGCUCCAAGGUAGAGGCAGAGAUCAAGAGCCUGGACAGCGUGGGGCUCACGUUGCGCUCCUGGCGCGAGCGGGCGGCGAAGCUCUUCAACCACAACCGCCUGGGCAAUCUCUGCGAGAGGUUCAUCGACCGCCUGGAGGACGCCUAUGGGCUCUUAGGUCACCAGAAUGGCAACAGCCUGCUGCAGACCCGGCAGAAAGACCUGGAGGAUCUGAAGCUCUUCUGCGCGGAGUCCUUGAACAAGCUUCUGAACCACGAGUUCCGGGUGGAGGAGCUGCAGGACUCCAUGCUGUGCCUGGGCCGGGAGAUCGCGGACUACAAGCGCAUCUCCGGGCUGGGCGCCAGCGAUGGCGAGCGCGAGGGCUCCGAAAGCGAUGAGAAGCCAGAUCUCGCCUUCUACGUGGGGGAGAUGGAGCUGGGGGAUAGCGCCGCAGUCCUGGUGGAGCGCAGCAACGCGGAGGAGGUGAAGCACCUGCGAGAAGAGGUGCAGGACCGACUGGUGGAGUGCCACGAGCUGCGUCGCCAGCUCGCGACUAUACGCCGGGACCUCACCGUCAACAGGAACCGAAGCAGGACCUCCCUCAUCGCGCAGGGGAGCAUCAUGAGCCAGAUGGAGGAUUACGAGCGCGAGGAAGAGGACCUGGAGACGAAGCUGCAGGAGCAGGCCAAGGAGGCCCAAAGAUUGCGAGAGGAGCUGGAGGCGAAGCUGGCGGCGGCGGAAGGGACCGCUGCGGAGCUGGAGCAGAAGCUGGAGGAGUCCAAGGAGGAGGCCGCCGAGGCGCGGGAGACCGCGGAGACGAAGGCGGAGGCCAAGGACUUUGAGAUCCACUCCCUGCAGGCGGAGCUUCGGAAGCUGCUGGCGGCGUCGCAGGUCUGCUGGAGCUGCACGACGAAGCUGCCGGCGGCGGCCAAGUUCUGCUUCAAGUGCGGCCAGGCGACAACAGAAGUACUGUGAGACCAGCGCCGAGAUCGAACGGGGACCCCCCGCACGUUUGGGGGGGAGUUGGUUCACUUGAGCACCAAAGGAAAAGGCACCAC